CACCAUUAACCAAUAGUAUACUUUUCAAAAUGGGAACCGUUUGUGCGGUACUUAAUAUCUCAGGUCACGGCCAGCCUAAGAAAGACACGAAAGUAAAGAGUAAAUUUGAUGUAAAGAGGCAUUUCAAAUCCCGUUUUAAUUAUUACGGACUAUCACUUAAGGAUUCCGAUAUCAAUAUGUUCUCGUCGUCCGAAAGAGAUGUCCUGCGGGCCGGGCUGAACAGCUCCGAACUCUUCACAGACUCCGAGCCACACCUGUCUCUGUUUCCUGAGGACGGAUUAUACGACAGCGUGGAUGGAAGUUCCACUGAACUCCCUGACUUGUUUGAAGAAGACUGCUAUGAAGGUGACGCCUGGAGUCUACCAGUUGCAGAUUUGCAGCCGAGAAUUACUGCCCAGCUGGAGAGCUACCUUUCCAAUGAGAAUUUGACUGAGGAUGCCUUCCUCCUGAAACACGUGCAGAGGAACAGAAUGGGAUAUGUUAGCCUUAAAUUGCUAACAUCCUUUAAAAAGAUUCGGGAGCUGACACGAGACUGGCGCGCCACCCUAGCAGCGGCCCGGAGCUCGCGGCUGCUGGAGGUGAACGAGGAGGGGACCAAGGUGCGCCGGACGGAGCCAGUGCCGGACUGGCUGCUGUGCAUUCCCACCACGAAGCUGCUGCUGGCCUGGAACCUGCUGGGAGAGCAGUCGGCGGAGGAGGCCGAGCGUGGGGUGGAGCAGCAGGGCCUGAUGGGGACCGCCAUGAGGCUUUUCGGGUGCUACGGCACCAUCUCCUCCCUCCGCAUCCUGCGUCCCGGCAAGGAGCUGCCGGCGGAGCUGAGGCGAUACAGCAGCAAGCACCUCGAGCUCGGCCGAAAGCUCUGCGCCGUGGUGGAGUACGAGUAUUUGGAAGGGGCCCGUAAGGCGCACGAGGCCCUGCGGGACGAGGGGCGGUCGAGCGCGGGGAGAGGGGUGCGAGUGGCUCCCCUGGGAAACCGGGGCGUGCGGAAGCUCGGCUGCAGCCAGGACCCCACUGGGGAGGAGUCCGAGGACCCCGAGGACGACGGGGUGUUCGCCAAAAAGCCGAACCGGAAGGCCAGACGCUACCCGUACACCCUGGAGGAUUCCGCCCUCUGCAGCUCCUCGGAAUCGGACUUCGCCCCGGCCUCGCCCCGGCCGAACCGCCGAGUCUCCCGGCCGAAGGCUCUGUACGGCAGCCCCCUUACCAUCCCGCUUGUGUCCUCCCACCGCUCCGAUCCCUACUGCAAUCCCCUCGCCAGCCCCUUGGGGAGCCCCCUCCUGCCCCGCAAGCUGUUCCCAGGCGGCCAUACUCCCUCUCCGCUGGUCACGCCAGAGUUCAGUGGCAGUCCUUUAUCGAGUGGCCCUGGCAGCUUUGGCCGGAGCAAGUACUCCGGAGACUGUUCCCAGGACAGUGCCUGUGCAGGGAGCCCUUGGGUCUGGCGCCGGAAGACCACUGCCCAAGCUUACUUCCCCGAAAAAGGGUACCCCCACUCCCCUGGCCACCAGAAGAGGCCCUGGGGGGUGGUGGAGGUAGUGCGGCAGCCAAACGGGCCUGAUGGAACCAGGGGUUUCUACAACCGUUUUAGAGGGCAAAAACUCUUUCACCUGCAGUAAUGCCUCAAUCUUUUGAUUAUGUUUCACUUGCGGUUUCUACAUCUCCAACACUUGUGUGGUUAGAGCAGUGGUCACCAGCCCUGUUCCUGGAGAUCUACCGUCCUGUAGGUGGUUUUCACCCCAACCCAAACAAAGGGUGCAGCAUUCAACAGCUUCAGAUCUCAUUGAGCUGCUAAUUCGUAGAGUCCGGUGUGCCAAAUUAGGGUUGAAGUGAAAACCUUCAGGAACAGGGCUGGUGACCCAUUACUCCCUGAGGUAGCACUUUUCUUAGCAUUAGGCUAGUUUCACUGCUGAUUUUGGGGUAAGAAGAAUAUGUAUUAAGGGUCAAAACCAGGAAUUGUAACCAUGGGUUGAUCUUGUG